UGUGCUCAUUCAGGGGACGUGCUUGGAGUGGUCAAAUCAUGCUAAUCGUUUUGGAGAAAGACCGAGCCUUACACCCAAGAUGAAGACAGAGAGAGAGGCGUUCUCCAAAGCGUUAGCUGCCCCUUCGCUUAUGCUCGCCUGCUGUCUGGUCAUCACUUUCCAAGCAGGGGGAGUAGGGGCGGUAAACAUCACCACCCUGGGCGCCCUCAUCCGCGGCACGACGGGAGGCGAGGCCCUGCUGUCCGUCCGCUACGCCAGCGCCAGCCAGGACGCUCCCGUCAUCAAGUGGCAGCUGAAGAAGGAGAAGCCCAUCACGGUGGUGCAGUCCAUCGGCACGGAGAUCAUCGGCAACCUGCGGCCCGAGUACCGCGACCGCAUCCUGGUGUUCGAGAACGGCACGCUCCUCCUGCACAACCUGAGGCUGUCCGACGAGGGCACCUACGAGGUGGAGAUCUCCAUCACGGACGACACUUUCACCGGAGAGGGGAGCAUCGACCUCACGGUGGACGAGCCGAUCUCCAGGCCCUACGUGCACGUGGAGUCCUCCACUGUUCUGGAGUUGACACAACAAUUCAUGCUCAACUGCAGCCAUGACACAGGCACCAAAACUAUUUACAGCUGGUUCAAGGGGGACAAACCACUCACCAAUGAGACACGCCUUGUGCUGUCACCUGACCAGAAGGUCCUGACCAUCACCCGGGUGCUGAUGGCCGAUGAUGACAUCUACAGUUGCCUUGUCGAGAAUCCUCUGGGCAGCAUGAAGAGCAUGCCAAUCAAACUCACAGUCUAUAAGAGAAGUUCCCUCUACAUAAUUCUGUCCACAGGAGGGAUUUUUCUCCUCAUAACCCUUGUGACUGUGUGUGCCUGCUGGAAGCCUACCAAAUCUGACCGAAAAAGAAAAAAGUUGAGGAAAAGAGCACAGGACCAUGAGAACCAUCUUACUGAUCAUGAUGAAGACAAGAUUGAAAAUGAGGUCAUUCCGAAAAAGACCAAUCAUGAGCGCAGAAACCCAGUGGCACUCUACAUCCUGAAAGAGAAGGGUUCCGCUAGUACCGGUGAUCCAGGAUCUACAUGCACAGCCUGCACCUCUAACGGAAGCCCCUCCAGCCACAACGGCUCGGGGCCUCCCGUCUCCCGUUCCCCUGAGCGCCCCGCUCGCUCCUCUCGCAGUUACCCCCGCACCCCGACUAACUCGCCCCCCGCGCACCACCGCAAGAGGCAGGGCCAGAGCCCCCCCGCCGCCGCCACCGCCGCCCCCUCCCCUGGACGGAGCCGAAGCUCCAGCCGCUCCCAGAAGACGCCGAGGGGCUCACCUCUCGCCUCCCACCCGCCCGCGGAUAACGCCGAACCUGCAUCAGAGCCCAACACCUCCUCCACAACCACCUGAAUGUCCACAGUCUGGCCCACGACAUCAUGCUGCUGGGGAACUACUUCAACAUAUCUCAACAGGAAGCUGUACAAAGUGUUGUUGUUGUUUUUUUUAAUCUAUGUAUAUAUAGGUGUUUUGCUGUGAGCGCAGUUUGAUUUCACUUCUGCCAACUUUAGAUUGAAAUACUGCUUUGGGGAAAGAAAGACUGUUUCUUUGAUGAAGGGGUUAAAGACUUUACAUGACAGAAUUCUACAUAUAAGUGUUACUAUGAAAGAAUUAUAAUGCAACAACUUGAGCUCAUGUGAUGGCGUUUACAGUAAUGUUUCUAUGAGCCCAACCAGACAUGCACAUGUUUAAGCUACUGUCAAAAUAUUUGAGGCUGUUGGUGUCACAAUGAAACGUUCAUCUGGAAACAUUAAGCAAUCUGUAGGGAUUUUGACUGUGACUCUAAAGGAGGUAAUCAUAUGAAUUAAAGGAGGUCUGUUUUUUUCAUUUCCUAUUAAGUUGUUGAUACACACGGUAGCUUUUUGACUAAAUGUUGGAGGGCAAUGUUUACUGAGCAUUAUUCAGGCGCAUUUCCAUUGAUAUUGGGCGACAACUUUUUUUUUCUGGAGAACUUAAAUCAUCAGUUGGCAAAUGAUCAUGAUCAUCCAAUUAGAACACAUGGGACCUGAUAUGUGGUUGCCCAAGCAACAUUGCUCAAAAAGUUGCCUCGUGUGUCAUCACCUUUAGACGGCACCAAAUACCAUGUAUAAGAACAUAAGACGAGAUGAAGAAUAGAUGACAGUUAUUUCUGUGCCAGGCCCCCUCCAGAGGCUGGUCCACAUUUUGUGUGAAAAUGUUCAUGUUCAGUCAUACAUGUAGGCUACAGAGUGGAGAUGUAUCUAUAGGACAGUAUUUUUCCUCUCUGUAAACACCUGUAUUUAAACCAUAUGUAAAAUAUGAUUAUAUAUGUACAUAGAACUCAUAUUGUCUUGUUGGAUUUCUUUAUAUUUUCAUUAAUACUGGUUUGUUCUAUUAUUUGACACAAAUAAUAGCCAUUUUCUUCA